ACGGUGCCGGGGGAGGGGGGGGGGGGGCGGGUGCUCGAGGCUGCGAGAGGGGCGGGAGCGGCGCGGGCACAGCCGGGGGCGGCAGCGCUGCCCCUUCGCCAGCGGUACCGACUUCGCUCGGACAGGCACAGCCAUGGGCAAGCACAGCAGCAAGCUGGCCCCAGAGAUGUUGGACGACCUGGUGAGGAGCACGGAGUUCAGCGAGCAGGAGCUGAAGCAGUGGUACAAGGGCUUCCUCAAGGACUGCCCCACCGGAAUCCUCAAUCUGGAGGAGUUCCAGCAGCUCUAUAUCAAGUUUUUUCCCUAUGGUGACGCCUCCAAGUUUGCCCAGCACGCCUUUCGCACCUUCGACAAGAACAGCGACGGCACCAUCGACUUCCGAGAGUUCAUCUGCGCCCUGUCUGUCACCUCCAGGGGGACCUUUGAGCAGAAACUCAACUGGGCCUUCGAGAUGUACGACCUGGACGGGGACGGGAAAAUCACGCGCUUGGAGAUGCUGGAGAUCAUUGAGGCCAUCUACAAGAUGGUGGGGACUGUGAUCAUGAUGCGGAUGAACCAAGACGGGCUGACGCCCCAGCAGCGUGUCGACAAGAUCUUCACAAAGAUGGACAAGGACAAGGAUGACCAGAUCUCCCUGGAGGAGUUCAAGGAGGCGGCCAAGAGCGAUCCCUCCAUCGUCCUCCUGCUGCAGGGCGAUGUGCAGAAAUAGGGCCUGGGGCUCAGGGCCGGACUAGCUGCAGCCAACCUCAGCUCCCCAUGAUGGUUUCUGUCCCCGUGCCCUGCUGAGCACCCCAUGCCUGCUUGGCCCUGUGCUCCGUUCCUGCUGCCACCCCUCUGCUCUGCUCCUGGGCACUGCUGGCUCGAGGUGCCCUAAACCGGACCUUGCAGCUAAACCUCUGAAUUGAGGGAGCAUCCUGACACCCCAGGGCCAGCUGUCCUCGCACCCUGUUGCCCACUGUCUCCAUGGGGAUCCCUGUCCCAGCUCUUCUCCUUCCCACUGACCCGGCUGCUGAAAGGCUCAGGGCCCGGGCCCUGGUGCCUGCUCUGCUGGCGGCACGGCAUGGGGCUGUUGGGGCUCAGGACUGGUCCUGGGUUGUGUCCUGCCCUCCCCCCUCCCUCACCCAGCUGUAGAUUUUCUGCUUCUGCUUUUGAUGGUGGGAAUAGUCAAGGGUUGGGCAGAGGAUUUUGGGAAGUGCCCGAGGCCACCCUUGGCCAUGGCACACAUCUGAUCCCAGAAAUCACCCCAGCUUGUCUGGUAGGUGACUUCCAGAACUGCUCUGGCACUACUGAGGAUUCCCAGAGUGUUUCUGGCCCUCCUGACUGCUGCAGUGCCUGCUGUCCCAGCCCCCUGCCUCUGCCCUCCUGUCUCAGGACAGCAAUAUUGUCACAGUGGUAUUUAUUCUGCACAUUGUGGUGACAAUGACUGUAAUAUCUGUUAGGAGGCUGUGGAAUUGCCUACUUUUCUUCCUUUUUUUUUUUUCAUGGAAAAGUAAACUGUCCCCCAUUGGUGGC